GUGUAUUAACAAAUUUGCAAGGCGUUUUUUAGCGACAAAUAAAAGAAUCAACAAUUCUGCACUACAAGUACAUAGCAGUAUAGGGGCAGAGAGGAGUUGUAAUAAAUGAGAUGUAAAGUAUGACGUCUUAUGGUAGUCGUCACACCUUUUAGGCGGGGGUGGGGCGCGGUAGAACUGACGUCAAUCGACUUCAUCCGAGAACCAUCUUGGAGAAGUGUAGUGAACUAUCACAUAGUACUAAAGCGAAAAGCUUUGGUGAGGUGGUCGUGUUUAAUUUGUGCUGGUGUAUUUUUAUCCACGUUCUUGUGGAUCUAAAAAGUAAUCCUGACAAUUGCAUUUUCAAUGUGUAUGGCUACAGAGUAUUUUGGUGAGACAGUCCUCUCAUACAUGGAGUUCCAUUUGGAUAGCGCAGAAUAUUGCCAAGCUCAACACAAAUAAACUUGUCAAAGAGAGGCAGAACAUUGCCAUUGAAGUCAUUUUCAUCACCGCUGUUUAUAAAUUGGAUUUAACUUCAUUCUCCCAGAAGCCAAAUAGUUCAUCAUAUGUAAUUCUGAGUUUAUCAUCCGUCAAACUACAGUAAAAUUUUCGUUGCGUUCUUCCUUUCAAUUGCUAAAGCAUAUCAAUUCUGUGUACAUAAAUAACAAUUGAAAAAAAAACAGUAACUUUCGUUAAAAGACUGAUCUUUUCCUAUUUUUCAUUUUUAAAUAUAUAUUUUGAAGAAUUUCGGUCUUCUUAACAUUGUGUGAUAUUAACGUUAACUCGUGAAAGACGGAGCAUGAAUCAUAACUCUCAACAAGGAAUUCCUGCAGCCAUGCGCCAAAAGGACAUCAGACCAGCUGCAGCUGAAAUUGAAUACAGAGGAUUCAAAUUCCUCAUCACCGAUAGACCAUCUGACCAGACCAUCUUGGCAUAUCUUCAGGAGCUGGAAAAACAUCGGGUAACAGCCGUAGUUAGAGUUUGCGAACCGUCAUAUAAAGUGGAAGAGCUGAACAACCACAACAUUGAAGUCUUCGACCUUAGUUAUCCAGACGGCACUUUUCCACCGAACAAAAUAGUCGAGGAAUGGUUCAAAAUCCUUAAAAAUCAGUUCAAUGACAAUCCCGACUGCUGCGUAGCCGUUCAUUGCAUCGCUGGGUUAGGUAGAGCUCCAGUUAUGGUAGCGUUAGCUCUUAUUGAACUAGGGCUUAAGUACGAAGAAGCAGUAGAGCUGAUUAGAGAAAAACGGAGAGGUGCAAUCAAUGCCAAACAACUGGCAUUUUUGGAAAAGUACCGUCCAAAAUCCAGACUAAAAUCCAAGAAUGGACACAAGAAUUCCUGCUGCGUUCAGUAAAUAUAUCUCUUAAUAUGUGUUCAAAGAUGCAACAGGGCACUUACUUAAAAAAUUAUUUCGGUAUCAUGAGUGUGAAAUAUACGUAAUUGCUUAAUUUUAAAAAAUGAGUUAUACUUAAUUAUAUUUUGGCCUAUAAUUAAAACUUUCACAAUAGGGGGAUUUACUAAAACUACAAUAUUGUUAUUAUUUGUUUCAUAAAAUGAUACUAAUCAUAUUUGUUCAUAGACUAUAGAAACAAACAACAACAGUGCAAUCUAUUGUAAAAAGUAAACGUUGAUAUCGGACCAGUUUUAGUAUCAGAUUUUAGCAAAAAUUAAUUACCCCUUUUGUUGUUUAUUCAGUUUUCUAUGGUUUUAACAACUGACGACUCCAUUUAGAAAAAAUAUUUGGUAAUAUAGUUAUAAAUUUUUAUUUUUUUUAAAUUAAUGUGGAAUAAAUACCCUAUUGGUGAAUGUAGAUAAAUGAAAGGUCGAUACAUUUGUUUGACAUCAUAAUUAUUUUGUUGUCUUUUUUGAGCUUUGAUUCAGAUCUUAUGAUUUAUGCAUCCAGUUUGUCAUGGGUUAAGUGUUAGUUCUACAGUCCAAUUAAGUUAAAGGAUUCAUCUAAUAAACCCAAAUCUAAUAUUUGAUCUAAAUUAAAAAUAACCAUAUCUAAUUCUUGGCCUCUGAUAUACUGUUUUAAAUUUAGUAGCCGAAAUUGUUCUGAAUUUUAUUUUGGGGGAAAAUAAAUGUAUUAAAUGUUAAAAAAAUGUCAUUAUUGUGUACCAACUACUACUUAAUAUUUAAUUGAUCAAUUAUUUUAUAAAUGUUAUUUAUUUAGAUUCUUUCCUAAAUCUGUUUAGUGAUGGAAUUUGACGAGUACGUACUAGUUCUAUAUAUUUUUGUUUUUAGUUCAUUUAUUUCAAUUAAUUAAGUUUUUAAAGCAGCUUUUGUUUAUCUAUAUUAAUAUUUUACAGACCGUAUUGGAUUUAGUACCAAAGAACACUAAACCAUGUUUGGUUUAUUUUUGAAUUAGUAUUGUUUGAUACUAAACCCCACUUUAAAACUUUUUAAGUAAUUAUUGCUACUAAAAUUGUAAAUUAUAUUUUAUAAGUAUAUUACAGUCAUUGAUCUUUCACUUUCACAUUUUUUAUGUAGAUUUCUGGACAAAUAUAUUUUAUUAUCAUGAAUAAA